AUGAUGAACUCCACCCUGGAUCCAUUGAACGAGACCUCUGCAAACCUUCUUCCCCCCAACAUCUCUGCUCCCUUCUGCCUACUGGAGGUAGGCUACUCCAACGUCUUAAACACCUGCCUCCUGGAAGCUUCUAUUAUACUUCUCCUUACUGUUCUCAUUAUCUCUGGAAAUUUGGUGGUAAUCUUUGUUUUUCACUGCGCUCCCUUGCUCAGCCAGCACACCACCAGUGCUUUCAUCCAGACUAUGGCCUAUGCUGAUCUGUUGGUAGGGGUGAGCUGCCUCUUCCCCUCCCUUGCCCUUCUUCAUCAUAUACAGGGUCUGGACCCCAAACUCACCUGCCAGGUAUUUGGGUACCUGGUAUCGGUUUUGAAGUCUGUUUCUAUGGUGUCUUUAGCCUGUGUAAGUGUAGACCGCUACAUUGCCAUCACACAGCCCCUGACCUACACGUCUCUGGUGACACCUUGCCGGGUCCGCUGCUGCAUUGCCCUGAUAUGGUUGUACUCGGCCGUGGUCUUCCUGCCGUCAUUUUUGGGUUGGGGGAAGCCAGGUUACCAUGGCGAUGUGGUGGAGUGGUGUGCUGUUGAAUGGAGGACAAGACCAGCAUUCACCUCAUUUAUUGUGGCAUUGCUCUAUGCCCCUGCUGCACUUACCGUCUGCUUCACUUACGCCAACAUCUUCAAGAUCUGCCGCCAACACACCCGGGAGAUCAGUGAGCGCCACGCACGCUACCGACCACAACAGCAGGGCCUGGGGGGUACAGAAGGAUCAGUGGCUGUGGUCAAGGACAACAGUGGGGUGGAUAAAUUUACCCACUUAUCGCAGCAUCACACACCCCAAAAACACCAACCCCAGCUACAGCAUUCCCCGGCACCAUACCCAGACAAGAGGUACGCCAUGGUGCUGUUCCGUAUCACCAGCGUGUUCUACAUCCUGUGGUUGCCCUACAUCCUCUACUUUCUGUUAGAGAGUGGAGGGAUUUACCAUCACUCAGCAGUCUCCUUCCUCACCACAUGGCUGGCCAUAAGCAACAGCUUCUGCAACUGUCUCAUCUAUAGCCUGUCUAACUCUGCCUUCCGGAAAGGUCUCAAACGCCUCUGCUCCUUCUGUCUGCAGCGCAGCAGUGGCGGCAGCAGCAGCCUCGACGUUAGAAAAACGAAAAAGGCCUUUUUUGGGCCUACUGGACAGAAGUGUAGAGGACCCGGUAAUGGAUUUGACCAUAAAGAUAUAGCAGGUGGAACAACGUGUCAUGUCUAGUGAGCGUUCUGGGAGAAUAUUGUGCCAGAAAGGCGUUUCAGCCUUGUAGAGGUUUCCUGAGAUGUUCGCUCUCACCUGCGUUCAGCGAGAUAGACGGGAUGCGUGCACCACUGCUGCUUCUAUCUAGUCAGAGAACUGCAGGGGCAGCCAUCCCUCACAGGCCGCACCGGGCAUUCAAAAAGAGAGACCGCAGGUCUAAGAGCUGAUCUAAUGAUGUGCAGAACUC